GCCAGCAAGGGCUACUAUCGUUUGUUUCUGUUUUAAAAGCUAAAAAUAACGAGGCACAUUUGAAGGCAGCAUAUCGGGAACUACAGCUAAUCCGCAUCAGGUUGCUGUAUCAGGUAGAAACGUAAUCUGCACACAUGAUUUCCAGCUCAGUCGCCGUCAGGCAGUUCGCAACGAAGAGGCACGAAGACGGGAGGCGAACUGCGCUUGGUGAGGACAAACCCGAGAGAAAAGCGACGAUGGCAGAAAAUAAGAUUGGCCCAAACCUCCAGGCUGGAGCCGGAUUCUUCGCUAAGCGGGUUCAGAAGUCCUUGAAUCGAGCUCAGGAGAAGGUCCUUCAAAAACUGGGCAAAACCAUGGAGACCAAGGAUGAACAGUUUGAGCUUUGUUCCCAGAACCUCAACAAACAACAGAUCGAUGGCAACAGAUUGUUUAAAGACGUGAAAGCCUACCACGCAGCAGUGAAAGCUGUGCAUGAGACAUCCAAGAGGCUGUCCCAGACCUUGAGCGACAUCUACGAGUCAGACUGGAAUGGAGUGGAGGACCUUGCUGUCAUUACAGAGAGUGAAGACUUGCUGUGGAACGACUAUGAAGAGAAACUAAGUGACCAGAUUGUCCGCACCAUGGAGAACUAUACAAGCCAAUUCCCUGAGGUCAAGGAACGGGUUUCCAAACGCGGCCGCAAGCUGGUGGACUACGAUUCAGCACGACAUCACCUGGAAGCACUACAGAGUGCCAAGAAAAAGGAUGAAGCCAAAAUAACAAAGGCAGAAGAAGAGUUCAACAAAGCCCAGAAUGUCUUUGAAGAAAUAAAUAACGAGCUGAGGGAGGAGCUGCCUGUUCUCUAUCAGAGCCGGAUAGGUUGCUACGUGACGGUGUUCCAAAACGUAUCGAACCUGAGAGACGUCUUCUAUAAGGAGAUGAGCGUGCUGAACCGUGAGCUGUACAAUGUGAUGAAGAAGCUGGAGACUCAACACUCGGGCAAAGCCUUCAUCAUCAAGGGUCUGAACAGCGCAACAACUAAGUCAAAGAAGAGAAAGUCCCUGGUUAUCUCCAAUCCCAUCCCGUGCAAUACAGCUUUCCCUGCUGACCAUGUCUCCAUCCAUUCUUCCACGGAAAAUGCGAAAGAAGCUGUCCCCUCUUCUCCUUUACAACGAACUGAAAGCAUCGCCGAAGACACCAGCCUACCAGAAGAGAGUAGCGUCUCAUCCAAAGAUGCCAACUCGUCAGACUCUGAUCUCAGCUCCAGCGGCACCAACACACCUAAGAGGCAGUCGGUGUGUGACAACGAGAGCAGCGACAGGAGCACAGGGAGUCAGAGUCUGGAGGAGGCGAAGGCAGUGGCGGAAGCAGAAGCAGAAGCAGAAGCAGAGCUCGCUGCAAACCAUUCGGAUGACUCGGGGGUGGGAGUGCCAAAGUCUGAGGCUGCAACCCAGGAAGUGUCCAGUCCCUCUGAUUCUGCAGAUAGUGAUGCCCUUCAGAGUCCAGAACAAGAGAAUGUGAGUGAGCCACCAUCUGAGGAGGCCAAGUCCAAACCUGCACCGGUUCCUGCCCCUCGCAUCUCUUUCCGCUCCACAGAUGAUCGCCCUCUCUUAACCGCUAAGGAACAGGAUGAGAGCGAGGAAGAAGCAGUCAGUCUGGAGACGACUGAUUCGGGAGAGGACUCCAGUUUUGACAGUCCACCAGGCUUCCUUUACAAGGGGGUGGCGAUAGAGAGCCAUGCAGCGUCUGAAGACGGCCUGCUCCAGUUUGACCAGGGAGACAUCAUCCUGGUGCUCGCUGACACUGUAGAGCAGGAAGGCCUGUUGAAGGGGAUCAGGGAGGAGAGCUGGAUCCAGCACAGGGAUCUGAAAGGUCACUCUGGGAUCUUCUCAGAAAAACUCAUCCAGGCUGUUCAGGCCGAGUGAGGCAAUCGUCACCCCUCAGCCUGUAAUACGUUCGUUCUGCAUCCAGCAGUUGGUGACUCAUGCACACACAUUCACACACACGCCCACACACUGGGGGGAGUGAACCCAUCUGCUUUGGGUGCAGAAGCUGUAAAAACAGAUGACGUGACGAACAGGCGAACACGUGGUGACUCGCAUGCUCCGAUGUUGCAACUUGGGGAACAAAAGCGAACGUUUAGAACAUUUUGUAAGAGAUGUUAUGGAUUGUUAAAUGUUACAGUAUUUUGCUCUUUUUGUGUCUGCAAAGUCUUUAUGUGAAACACUGUGAAACCAAAAAUCUUUUUAUACUGAUGCUAUGAUCUUGUGUAAAAUUUCCUAAUAAAGUUGUAAAUAAAAGAGAA